GGAGCGGCAACUCUGACAGACCAUAAGAAAGUUCACCCCACAAACACAACUCCCAUAGUUUGUACCCCGUCACUUGAGGCACAUUCGAUUUGGAUAUCUAAAACAAAAAAAUAAAAAAAAUAAUUGAGGACGUUCAAAGUUUUAUUAUAACAUGGGAAAAGAAAACAGGCAUUUCAUCUCUGUUUGGAUAUUUAUUGUUAAAAUCAUUGGAGUUUUUUCCUCUGACCCUACAACAGAUAUAUUUGUAAACAGCACCACAGCUCCCCUGCUGACCACCACUGAAUGGAUCUCAGACUACUCUGACAUACUGUCCAAGUUUUCCCGACGCACUGAAGAGAUCCCAGAUGAGGACAUGUGUUACAUUGAGCCUGGCAAACCCGAGACCAUCAAAGAAUGUGAAUUCAACAAUGAAACACAGACCUUCAUUAUUAUACACGGCUGGACGGUCACAGGGAUGUAUGAGAGUUGGGUUGCCAAGCUGGUGACCGCCCUGUAUGAGCGCGAGCCUAGUGCCAAUGUGAUUGUAGUGGACUGGCUGAACCGUGCCAACCAGCACUACCCCACCUCUGCAGCCUACACCAAACUAGUUGGACGUGAUGUGGCCAAAUUUGUCACCUGGCUACAAAAUGAGCUGCAGUUGCCCUGGGACAAGAUUUAUUUGCUGGGUUACAGUCUGGGAGCACAUGUGGCUGGAAUCGCCGGGGCCCUCUCCGAUAAUAAAAUCAGCAGGAUCACAGGUUUAGAUCCGGCGGGUCCUACAUUUGAGCAUGCAGAUGACCAGAGCACACUGUCCCGAGACGAUGCCCAAUUUGUGGAUGUGCUUCACACAAACACCAGGGGCUCUCCAGGACGUAGCAUCGGCAUCCAGAGACCCCUCGGACAUAUUGACAUUUACCCAAAUGGAGGCACCUUCCAGCCGGGAUGUGACAUCCAGAACACCCUGCUGGGAAUCGCAUCAGAGGGGCUCAGGGGAUUACAGAACAUGGACCAACUUGUCAAAUGUUCCCACGAACGCUCCAUCCACCUCUUCAUUGACUCACUAGUUAACGCCAAUCAGCAGAGCAUGGCUUUCCGCUGUAGCUCCAAAGAUACCUUCAACAAAGGCCUGUGCCUGAGCUGCAGGAAGAACCGCUGCAACAAUCUGGGCUACAACAUCAAUAAAGUCCGCUCAACACGAAGUGCAAAGAUGUAUCUGAUGACCAGAGACAUGAUGCCCUACAAAGUCUUUCACUACCAGGUGAAAGUUCACUUCUUCAGCAAAGACAAACUUAGCUUCACAGAACAACCUCUGAAGAUUUCACUGUAUGGCACCCAGGGAGAGAAAGAAGACAUCCCCUUUGUCCUGCCGGUCCUAAAUGAAAACACCACCCAGUCCUUCCUCAUCACAAUUGACGCAGACAUCGGAGACCUGAUGAUUGUCAAACUGCGCUGGGAGAAGGACAGCAUCCUCAGCUGGGACUGGUGGGGCAGCAGCAAGUUCCACAUCCGCAAACUACGGGUCAAGUCCGGAGAAAGGCAGUCAAAAGUGAUUUUCAGCUCAAAGGACGGUGAGUUUGCAUACCUGGUUCGGGGAGGAGAAAAUGCAGUGUUUGUUAAGUCAAAAGAAGAAAACCACAAUGAGAAACUCUUGCACAAACUGAAAAAACAUGGCAGCCAGUUUGGGGGGAAAAAAGAGGCAUAAAUUUGCACUGGUCGAUACACCCCCCACCUUUUCAAAUGUGACCAAAGAUGGACUGAACUGCUGUGGGAUCCUGUGUGGAAAUCAACUGUUUUGAGACUCACAUUUUUGCCUUUCUGCCAUACAAUUAAACCAACACAACCUCACCCAUUGCCAUCGAUAACAGUAAAAACACUGCUGCUGGAGAUAGUUGACAUUAUCUUUAGCGAGGAUGUGCUUCUAACGAAUUAUAUUCUUUUAUAGCUUUUGACACAUAUAUUUGUAAUGUUUUCAUGCUUUUCUAGUCUUUUUUUGUAUGUUUCUGCUGCCUAUGUGAACUUUUAAUUAUUUUGGGUAUAAAUAAUUUGGAGUGACAGGCAUGAUUUUGGCACAUCUUUUGUUGAAUAUGAUUUAGAUUUUUUUGUUCUAUGUCUUCUGACCACUAAUUGCCAACAAUCAACAGGGACCAAAGAAGUAUUAACAAUCUACUGAUGAGAGAUUUGUGAUGGUUCUUUGUAAAUAGACUUGUGAAAUCAGUAUUAUAUAUUUUUUAAUGUUAAACUGUGAUCUGAUUAAUUAUGUGUUGGGUUUGUGUCACUGGUCACUUUAGACGGCUCUUCUGCCCCUGACACCAUUUAAUAGAUUACAUUUGAGGUGUAGAGAUGUACACUUAUGUUUUGUACCUUUAGUUACUUUUAAUCGGUUCCAAUCGUGACUUUCAAAUUGGUCAAAAUGUGUAACUAUUUCUGUCAUUGAUAAUGCAUGCUCUUUUAAAGGUAAAAAUUUUUCUUCCAAUAAACUGUCUGUGUAAUAUGUAAUGGACUGGCCUGCCUUAAGCCAUAAUGCAUCUCCAGAAACAUCCUUUUGUAUUUAUUAAAUGUACAGAACAAAUAUUUGUAUAUUAAGCUGUAAUAUAUUUUAUACUGUUAAAUGUUUUUGUUUUCUAAAUGAAGCAUCUUGUGUUUUAUGCACAAAACGUAAGAAAGCGUGAUCACAUUGGUCACAAUGUCAGCUACGCAUUCAUUCGUCAAAAAUGAAAUGCACUGUACAAAUAGAGGGUCCAAGAUGGAUUAAUAAACAAAUUAUCUAGAA